AUGGAGAUGAUGCUCAUCCAGGGCUUCAUGAUGGAGGGGCCAGGCCCUGAGUAUGCCGAUGUGGUGUUUCUGGUGGACAGCUCCGACCACCUGGGAACUAAGUCCUUCCCAUACAUGAAGACAUUCAUCAAUAAGAUGAUCAACAGCCUCCCGAUAGAGACCGAUAAGUAUCAUGUGGGCCUGGCUCAGUAUAGUGAUAAGCUCCACACAGAAUUCCAGCUCAACACUUUCAAGAGCAAAGGCCCCAUGCUGAACCACCUCAAGAAGAACUUCGGGUUCCUGGGUGGCUCCCUGCGCAUUGGAAAUGCACUCCAGGAGGUACACAGGACCUACUUCUCCAAUGGAAGGGACAGGAAACAGUUCCCCCCAAUCCUGGUGGUCCUGGCUUCAGCCGACUCCGAGGAUGCUGUGGAAGAGGCCGCUGAGGCCCUGCGCAAGGAGGGGGUAAGGAUCAUCUCUGUGGGGAUGCAGAGGGUGUCCGAGGAGACCCUGAAGGCCAUGGCCACGGGCCAGUUUCACUACAACCUGAGGAUGGUCAGAGACCUCAGUGCCUUUUCCCAAAACAUGACGCAUAUCCUCAAGGAAGCAAUUCAGUACAAGGAGGGUGAAGCUCACACUGAUAUACAAGGCCCCUUCCUCAGGGCCUGUGAGAAAGAUUCGCUUGCUGAUGUCAUAUUCCUGGUGGAUGAGUCUGUCGGGACCAGUCAGAAUUUAAGGAACCUGCAGAACUUUCUGAAAAAUAUCACCUCUUACAUGGAUGUGAAAGACAAUUGCCUGCGGCUUGGACUUAUGAGUUACAGUGACAGAGCCGAGACCCUUUCUGUUCUGAAAUCAAGCACAAGCCAGGCUGAAUUUCAGAAGCAAAUUCAGAAGCUUUCCCUGCGGGCUGGGAAAUCCAAUGUUGGGGCUGCUGUUGAGAAGAUGAGGAGAGAAGGCUUCUCAGCAUCAAGUGGCAGCAGAAGGGCACUGGGAGUGCCUCAGAUUGCAGUCUUGGUCACUAAUAGGCCAUCAGAUGACGAAGUGCGUGAGGCCACCCUGAAUCUCCGGCUGGACGAUGUAACUGUGUUUGCCAUGGGCAUCCAUGGGGCCAACAAGACCCAGUUAGAAGAAAUAGUGUCUUACCCUCCAAGACAGACAAUCUCCAUGCUAGAAUCCUAUGCAGACUUGGGAAAUUAUACUAACAACUUCUUGAAAAAACUCCAGAAUGAAAUAUGGUCCCAAAUUUCGACUCAGGCUGAACAAAAGGAACUUGAUAAAACUGGCUGUGUGGAUACAAAAGAGAUCGAUCUCUAUUUCCUCAUUGACGGCUCAGGUAGCAUUGGGAGUGACCACUUUGAGCAAAUCAAGAAAUUUAUGCUGGAGGUGAUAGAAAAUUUUGACAUUGGCCCAGACAAAGUCCGAGUUGGAGCUGUGCAAUAUUCUGACAUGAGAGAAAAGGAAUUUGAUAUCACUGACUACACUACUGAUGAGACAUUAAGAAAGGCUAUUUCUAACAUCAGGCAACUUGGAGGCGGCACUUACACUGGGAAAGCCCUGGAUUUCAUAUUGCAAAUAAUAAAGAAGGGAAGGGAGCAGAGAAUAAAUAAGGUACCCUGUUACCUCAUUGUGUUGACUGAUGGGAUGUCCACGGAUGACGUUCUGGAACCAGCUGAGAAACUAAGGGCUGAAAACAUUGCUGUUCAUGCAAUCGGCAUUGGGGAGGCUAACAGAACACAACUGCAACAAAUUGCUGGAAAAGAAGAAAGAGUUAGCUUUGGGCAGAACUUUGAUUCUUUAAAAAACAUAAAAAAUGAAGUUUUGCACAGCGUCUGCACUGAGAAAGGAUGUGAAGACAUGAAGACUGACAUCAUGUUUCUGGUGGAUAGUUCUGGCAGUAUAGGAUCUGAAAAUUUUAGGACAAUGAAAAGCUUCAUGAAAAACCUGUUAGCUAAGAUUCAGAUUGGUUUGGACAAAACCCGAAUUGGUGUCAUUCAGUUCAGCGAUGUUACGAAGGAAGAAUUCAAACUUGAUACAUACUUUACACAAAAAGAAAUUUCUGAUGCCAUAGAGAGAAUGUCUCCCAUUGAGCAAAACACUUUGACUGGAAAGGCACUAACUUCUAUAGAGCCAUACUUCACCGAGUCCAAGGGGGCCCGAUCAAUGGUCAGAAAGUUUCUCAUCCUUAUCACGGAUGGAGAAGCCCAAGAUGAUGUGAGAAACCCAGCAAAAGUUCUUCGGGACAAAGGUGUGGUCAUCUUCUCUGUGGGGGUAUUCAGGGCCAACAGGACUCAGCUAGAGGAAAUCAGUGGGGACAGCAGCCUGGUUUUCCAAGUAGAGAAUUUCAGUGAUCUAAAGGAAAUAGAGAAUAAACUCAUCUUCCGUGUGUGCGCUCUUCAUGAUUGUAAAAGGAUUAAAGAGUUAGAUGUUGUGUUUGUGCUGGAUCAUUCAAGCAGCAUCCAACCCCGAGACCAAGAAAGCAUGAUCAACCUCACAAUGCAUUUGGUGAAGAAAUCGGAUGUCGGCCCAAACAGGGUUCAGUUUGGAGCUCUCCGAUACUCCAAUGAACCUGAUAUUAUCUUCUACCUUAACUCAAACAGAUCAGCCAUCAUGGAGCAUCUGAAGUCACUCAGUGCCAAAGGAGGGGAUACCUACACCGCUAAGGCUCUGGAACAUGCCAACAUCCUGUUCACGGAGGAACAUGGCAGUCGAAUCAAGCAAAACGUGAAGCAGAUGCUGAUAAUCAUCACAGAUGGGAAAUCCCAUGACCAUACUCACCUCAGUGACAAGGCUUCGAAGUUAAGGGCCAAAGGCAUCAUCAUCUAUGCUGUGGGUGUAGGAGAGGCCAACCAAAAAGAACUGGAGACUAUGGCAGGGAAUAAACACUAUACUAUCCAUGUCAGUAAUUUUGACAGUCUGAAAGAUGUUUAUCAGCCUCUGCAAGAUAGUAUGUGUACCAAUGCCCAAGAGAGUAAGUUGUGCUUUAAAGCUUCUAUUGGGGUAGCAAUACAAGUUGAAGCAAAAAAUAAAUGA